AUGAAAAACACGUGGUCAACAUUGAUCUCAAUCAGCCUGGCAUUCGGCCUCGUCUCGGCCACUGCCACUGCCACGGCGGACACUCAUGACCCUGUCUAUCAGGUCGCCUUUGAGCAGCUUUUGCAGUCUGGCCAGCUGGACCUCAUAUCUGAGACUGACGACACCAAGGCUGAACCUGACACCAGCAUCGAUACCGACACCAACAGCUUUGCACAUGGUCCAUGGUCAUAUCCACCAGCUUGUACUUCCAAGCUUGAUUCCCUGGGCAGCGAGCUCUGCGUGUACACGAAUAUCUCCUUCGCCCGAGGAAGGGGGAUCUCACUGUUCACGACUCCCCGAAUUGCAGAACAGAUUGCGGAACUUGCACCGUUUCACGAUCACGACAACGAUCACGACAACGAUCACGACCGCGACCACAGCAAAGCCAACAAAGCCAACGAAGCCAACAAAAUUCCCAACACCAAUAUUCCCCCGGUGCGCCACGAGGUCAAUGAGUUCCAGGUGACUUGGUACACGCGCUCCACUACCAACAAGGGCAUGGGAAUGUUUGCGAAAAAGGACCUCCGUCGCGGCGACCUCAUCACAGCAUACACGCCCGUGUUGAUCGCAUACUCGGAAAACACUCUGCUACCUUCUGAGCGCGAGAAGUUCCUCCAACUCGCGAUCAACCAGCUACCUGAACCGACGAGAGAGUCUUAUCUACGGCUCGCAACUGUGUACGGCGAUCCUAGGAUCGUCGUGCAAGACAUAGCCAGCGCCAAUACGUUUGGAGUAUUAUUUCCAGGUACUGUCGGGUCUCGAAAGAAAAAGAAGAAUACAGCAGCAGCUGAUGCUGAAAGUGCUGCCACUGAGGACGCAGCAUCUCCUCCUCCUCCUCAUCCUCUUCCACAACAUCUCGCCGUAAUUCCCGAACCAUCACGAAUCAACCACGCAUGCAAUCCCAACGCACAAUUCCAAAUCGACACGACUCAACUCAUCCACCGCGUCUACGCCGUGCGUCCGAUCGGCCGCAACGAAGAAAUCACCAUCGCCUACACCAAUCCACUAGACAACUACGCGACGAGGCAGAGAUAUUUGAAGCAGUUUUUCGGCUUCACAUGUGCCUGCGCACGAUGUAGUAUUGAACGACAACGACGAGAAGAUGCCCCAGACGCGGCGAUCGCAGAGAUCAAUGCUCUACAAGCCAUUCUGGCGGACUGGACGGCGACAUCAGACUCUGAUUCGGACUUGGACUCGAGCGGCAUUGUGACAGGGAUUGGGUCUGGGUCUGUGCCUGGUAAUCGGAUCAAACUAGCGGAACGGUUGAUCAAGGUCUACUUGGACGAAGGGCUGCACGGGUAUCUCGACCCGGCAUAUUGUCAUGCUGCUCUGGCGUACAGUGCGGCGGGGAGUCUGAGGGGAGUGCAGAAGUAUCUCGAUCUAGCGAUCGAGGCGAUCAGACUGCGACUGGGGCCGGAUGCGCCUGAUCUUGUGGCGUGGGAGGAGAUGAGGAGGGAUCCUACUCGGCAUUGGAGCUGGAGGUGGAGUAAAAGGAAGAAGUGA